CUCGCGCCCAGUCGACACCAGGGGGGGAGUAGCUGCAUCGCUGCUCAGUUCGAAGGAAUUAAAGAGAUCCCAAGGAGUCGUUGGGUCAGAUAGAACGUGACAAGAUGUGAACUGGACAUUCUGUGUGAGCAACUUUUAGUCUUUCAGUACUCAUACACAAAGCAUUGGACAUUGUGUUCCCUGGAACUUAUUUAACACUUUUCUAAAACAUGAAUGAGACCAAGACGAUAUUCUCGGAGUCUCAGAUCAAUGUGAACCUGUCCACGACAACAGAGUUCUCCAUGUUCAGAGCUCCGGUCUUAAGGACUGCCGAGGCCUGCUUUAAGGCCCUUGGUCCGCUUGCCCACAUGACCGAUGGAUCCUACUGCCGUGGUGUGUGGGACACUGUCAUGUGUUGGCCGGCCGCUAAAGCGGGAUCUGUCAUCCGAUUGCCCUGCCCCCCUCUACCUGGAUUAAUCAAAGAGAAUAAAGCGUACAAAAUAUGUGGGCCCAGUGGCCUGUGGGAGACCAGAGAGAAGGGCGUGUUCACCAACGACAUAGGCUACACCCACUACACUGAAUGUUAUUCUAAAGAGGCUCUUGAAACAUACAUGAAAUACCUAGGAAACAAAACACUGGCAGAGAAAGAGUUUAUCAAAGACAUCAUAACAACGUCGCGAACUCUGGAAAUAGUUGGUCUCUGUAUCUCUCUCAUCACUACCAUCAUAUCAUUGUUCAUCUUCUGGUACUUCAGCACUUUAAAAUGUCACCGAACACGAAUCCAUAAGAAUCUGUUUGUGGCCAUGAUAGUCCAGAUCUCCAUGAGAAUCAUCCUUUACGUGGACCAGUUGGUGGCCAGAGAAACCGGGGGCAAGAUUGCAGGAGCGGCUAGUGGAGACAGCAACACCAUCUACGACACGCCGAUAUUCUGCGAGAUCCUGUACAGCCUCUUGGAGUACACCAAAACAGUCAAGUUCAUGUGGAUGUUUGUGGAGGGCAUCUAUCUCCACAAUAUGAUCGCCGUCUCCGUCUUCUCUGGCAAGCCCAACUAUGUGAUCUUCUACACCAUUGGCUGGGGUUUUCCAGUGUUGCUGACAGUGGCCUGGGUAAUACCUAUGGCCAGGAUAAACACGAUCAGAUGUUGGUUUGGUUAUUACAUGAAUCCUCUGAUUUGGAUCAUUGAAGGACCUAGAGCUGCUGUGAUGGCGGUCAACUUGUUCUUUUUGUUAAACAUAAUUCGGGUCCUGGUGAUGAAGUUAAGGGAAUCAGAAACCAAUGAGGCAGACAAACUGAGGAAAGCUGUGAAGGCUGCCAUAGUUCUGCUCCCGUUGCUGGGUCUGACCAACUUUGUCAUCAUGCUAGAGCCAGACGGGCACGACUGGGUCAAGUUCAGUGUCUACAGCUUCUCCACCUCUUUCUUGAACGCAUCUGAGGGAUUCUUCAUCUCCUUACUCUACUGCUUUCUGAACGGAGAGGUACGCCAGGCAUGCAAACGUCAGUGGUAUAGGUGGCGCCAGCAUCGGUUGAUCCAUAGCUCCAGUCUCAGAAGGAUGAGCAGGUCCCUCAGCAUCUUCACCUCUUUCACAGAGGUGCCUCACCCUAUCUCCUCUCAGAAAAGUAAUCAAACAGUCAACGGAGAGCCAAGUGAGUCAGAAGUACCUCAUUCCAGAUUUUCUGUCAUCUUCAAGGCCCGACACAGCCGCAGACAAAGCAGCCGAGACCUAGGCUCCGUAUUGGGCCCGAGGUCGAUGUCAGAUGUGCCAGACCUGCCGGACAUCGUGACGUGCCGCACGGACCUUAUGUGCGAAGAGAAAGUUUAAAACCAGUGAUCGAGUAAAACAAAUCCCUAAGCCAAUGACCAUGAAUGGGGGAAAACGAAUUACGUCACGACAGAACAUAUACUUUGUUAUAGAUGUUUCUCAAGUGGCUAUUUAAAAAAAGAUGACUGUUAAUAAAACUAAAAGCUAUACUGGUAAGAUCCUAACGCCCGUGUGAACAACAGUAUAGUUAUAUCAAAGGGAACCAGAGAAAUUCUUUAUUAAAUUUAAAGAUAUUUGAGGAAGGCGACUCAAGUAUAUUGUAUGCAGCUGUAGUUAUCAUCUCAAUGGAAUAUGGAACCCAUGCUGACAUCAUCAUAGUAAUUCUAUUUAAUAUGGCAAAUGGACCAAUUUACAUACCUACCAGGAAAUGAUUCAAAAGUAAAUGUAGCCUACAGGUUAUUAAAAGUGUUUUAUAACUAUCGGACCAAUCAGUAUGAAAAAAAAGAAAGGUAAGCUUUUUGAAAAAAGAAAAAGGAGGCAAUUAAUGUUUGACGUUACAGUGAUGUAUAUAUCUUGUGUACGGGUACAUUGACGUCAAUUUAGUUGAUUUUCUCUUGUGUUUUGUUGUCAUGUGAUAUAUAAUCAAUGGACAGUUGAAAGAUAAAUAAAUCAUGGAUUACAAUGUACAUAGGUCAUGACUAUAUAAAUAUGAAUAUAUAAAGGCCCACUCUCUGUUUAUAACUAUUGGGUAUUCUCGUCAACAUAUUGACAGUUUUGACAUUAUGUUUCAUGUCAUGGUGUGUUAGUCAACAGGCUUAUUGUGUGGGCGUAGGCAUUCUUUGAGUACAUCGUGUUCUCAGGCUCAACCAGACUCGACGCUCAAUAAAUCAACAUGUACAUGGAAAUAACAUAAAUUGUGCGAGAGAGAGAACGGUGAAUGAUUGGCUUAGUUAAGGUAGACUGAAUUAACAACAAUUGUAUACAUAACGAUUGGGGUAAAGGGGCUAGAGGAGAGAGAAAGAUAAAUGGCUGAGUUGACUGUAUAGCUGAAGACGUCUGAGAUAAACCACAAACUAGUUGCACGUCGGUGCCAUAUUCGCCGGUGGCGCAAUGCUAUUUUGUCCCUAUAAAUAAUCUCCACGACACGUCUGUCUGUCAGAAAUGUAUAUGGCCCAAGCUCUUAAUGGGUUGACAUCGUUGGUGUAACGUAUAGUUUAUGCUCUCUUUCUCCGCAAACAAAAUGUUUUGCUCAACUUCGUGGGAAUAGUCUCCCUUACAAUUUUUUUUUUUGUGUUUUACAAAGCUUAUAUCAACUCACUCUGUCUGGUAAAAAGUAAAAAGCCAUUCUCGGAUCUAGUUGAAACUUUGCACAAUUAUUCAUUGGCAAAUAAUUCUUCAGUAUUCACAUAGACAGCUAAAUAUGUAGGGUUUCAUCCCCUUAGAAAAUUGUAAACGUUAUUUCUUCCAUUCUCGGGUCAAGUUGAAACGUUAAGCACGUAAUAAUCUUAGUUUUAAAAAAAAUGAUUGUUUAUAUUUUGCUUGUUUUUAAUGUGCUUGUGUUAUUACAAACGAAUGAAAUGAAAACCGAAAAAGUUUGAGUUUUAGCAGGGAUUCUCAAGUGAUAUCAACUACAGAUAGCGGCUUCACGCUUGGUCAAUCUUAUGCAUUGAAAUAAAAGAGACAAUUUCUAAUGCCACUCUGGGGGGGGGGGGGGGAGUCGGUAAUCUUUAAGCCAUGGGAUAAAAGAUUGGAAAAGGUUAAGAAGAUUCGAAUAUCUGCUAUUUGAAUUUUCCAAUCGGUCAUUCAAUUCUUUUCUAUAUUUAGUAGUAGACUUGUAGUAAGGGAUUCAGAACAGUAGCAAAUUUCUCUUCAAAUAUGCUAUUCAUCAUUGUACUUUAUCAGGACAUCACCCACACAACUUUAAUACAAUUUUAAUACGGCUACACUCUGUCAUAGAGUCGCAAAGAAAUUUUUUUUUAAAUCACUUCAACAACAAAAAUUCACAGUAGACGGUUACUGGUAAAGUCUAAGAAACAGAACUUU